GUUAAAGUGCGCCACGGCUUGCUGGAACUGGAACCCAGUGAGCAGGUGAGAGGGCUGCUGUUGCGGGGACCAAGCCGAGUGCCUGCCCGACUUUUGCCGUCGUGGUUGCUGUCACUGCCAACCAGCUCAGAUGGUGGGGCGGGCUGAAGGGUCUGCACUCCGUGCUCAAGAGCGGUCCUCGACUGCUAGCCUGCUCGUCUAGCGUGAUGGCUGUGGACAUAGAAUACAGCUACAGCAGUAUGGCCCCUUCUCUACGCAGAGAGCGCUUCACUUUCAAGAUCUCCCCCAAAUUGAGCAAGCCUCUGAGGCCUUGUAUUCAGCUGGGCAGCAAGGAUGAAGCCAGCGGAAUGGUGGCCCCCGCAGUGCAGGAGAAGAAGGUGAAGAAGCGGGUGUCCUUCGCCGACAACCAGGGGCUGGCCCUGACAAUGGUGAAAGUGUUCUCGGAAUUCGAUGACCCACUAGAUAUUCCCUUUAACAUCACUGAACUCCUAGACAACAUCGUGAGUCUGACGACAGCAGAGAGUGAGAGCUUUGUUUUGGAUUUUCCGCAGCCUUCUGCAGAUUACUUAGACUUUAGAAAUCGACUUCAGACCAACCAUGUCUGCCUCGAAAAUUGUGUGCUGAAGGAUAAAGCCAUCGCGGGCACCGUGAAGGUCCAGAACCUGGCAUUUGAGAAGAUUGUGAAGAUCAGGAUGACAUUUGACACCUGGAAAAGCUUCACAGACUUCCCUUGUCAGUAUGUGAAGGACACUUAUGCUGGUUCAGACAGGGACACGUUCUCCUUUGACAUCAGCUUACCCGAGAAAAUUCAGUCUUAUGAAAGAAUAGAGUUUGCGGUGUGCUACGAGUGUAAUGGCCAGGCAUACUGGGACAGCAACAAAGGCAAAAACUACAGGAUCACCCGGGCUGAACUCCGAUCCACUCCGGGAGUGAUUGAGCCAUACAAUGGGCCGGAUUUUGGAAUCUCUUUUGACCAGUUUGGGAGCCCUCGGUGUUCCUUUGGCCUGUUUCCAGAGUGGCCUAGUUAUCUGGGCUAUGAAAAGCUUGGGCCCUAUUACUAGUGACUGCAGUUGACAGUCCGUGGCUCUGAUCAAAAUGGAGGCAGAAUGGCAAGAGCAGAGGGAAGUUGAACUGCCAUCAGGUGUGGUUUUCUGAAAAUACAGGAUCCUGUUCACCUUUUUCUGAAACCAGCGAGUCCAGCAUGUUUCCAUCACGCCUGGUUUCUUGCUUGGAGGAGAGGAGGCGUGCUGAUCCUCUGUGGCAUCAGGGCUGGCCACAAGGGAACGCACAGGAUGGUGCCAGAAGGGUCUGGAGAGAAGCCAAGCUGGCAAGGACAGAGGAAGCUGGCCUCUCUUCCACACUUGAACUUCAAAAAGUCACCCGGAAACCAGUCUCUAGCCUUUUCUAGACUUACCAUUGACCCCGAUGUCCUGCCCCGCUCAUGGCUUCCCAUGUGUCUCCUUCGUCCCACAUGUACUCGGAAGGAGGCACCUCGGUUCCGUGACACACUGGCCUGAUACUCAGCAGCCACAGAAGAGGGAGGGGGCAGCCGCUUUCGGUCUGAGUUCUUCCCCCUACACAGUCUAUCCAGUGAUCUGGACAAGAUAGCCAAAGCAACGAGUAGCUUGUGUCUGGGAUAGGAGUUCCUCUCCCCUCUCUUUCUGACACUUCCUUUAUAUUCCAGAAGAGAGCAACAUAUUAGUUACUGGAAAGCUAUUGGUUCCCAUGUGGGGUCACUGGUUACAGCCCUGGGACAAGGUGGGACAGUCUGAACUUUUAGCUUUCCCUCUUGAAUUUUGAGGAAACUUUCGAAGCGCUCAGUUUCACCCAGAGUUACCAGAAAACUCAAUGAUAAGAUCCAUUUCCACUUGCUUGGCCGGUGUGGGAGCUGCUUUUGUUUGAGAGAACUCAUAGCUCUCGUGUCUCCUGGAGUCUCUACUUCAACGCUUUGUCUGAGACAUCAAAAUAGCAAGACUCUAUCCUCAAAUCCUCCAGAAUAUGCUUAGAUUUGUUUGCAAUAUACAUGCGUAUUCAGGAUGCUUCAUGAACCCCCAAGGACAUUGAUUGGGGGUUUUAUUUAUGGUGUGUAUUAUAAAAGGAUAGGGGAAAAAACCUCACCAUGUUUUUCUAUGUUAUUUUAAAUGUUUGUCAACUCUGAGGUAUCAGAUAAAAUUUUCUUAAGCAUACUGGAUUGCAGUGCAUUAUGUGCUAGUGACUCCUGGAUCUCUUACUAUUGGACAAACCCCCAAAAAUUGGAAUUAUAGGGGAGUUUGAAAAUAUUUUUACACACAUAUUUGUAGAAAUUUAGGAGUGUUGUUUUGUUUUGGAAGUUUGGUAAAAGAUGUCUGUUUAAUUUUCUUACUGAAGUGAUGUUUCUCUGAGACAAGACAGAAAGGAACUUCUGACUUCGUAAGUUAGCAUCAGACAGAUACCAAAUGUUUUUGAUCCUAGCAUGUGUGGUUUAUUUUUUAUCUUAACUUUUUCACUAUUGAAGUUUAAAGCUUUUCGACUUUUUAAAUGUUAUUUUCUAUGAUUUCUUAUUCCUAAAACUGGUACUAGUCUGUAAUCAGUGCUUUGUAUAUUGUGCCUCUCCUAGAUGGGUAUCCGUUUGGGGUUGCAUGCUGAUAUCUUUAAGGAAAUCACUUUUGUAAGUGAGGCUGAAGUUGGGUGCGUGUGGUGGUGUUUUAUUUAAGCAUACCGUAUCUCUCCUAUAUGGGUGUACUUUAAAUGUUCCAGAUUUGGUGAUUUGAGCAGCUAGCUUUAAAUUGGAUGGAAGCAAAACUGAUCUCUUAUAGGUCAUGCGUUUUGUGUUAAGAAGGAAGGCAGCCAGGGCACUGUUACUUACAUAGCUGCAGACUAAAGAUCAUAAAAGGGCCCCAGAAAACUACAGAAUGAAUUCUGUUCAGUGGUGUGGAAUGAUGAUCUUCAGACAUUCCGUGUCAAAAUAUGAAAUAUGGUAAUUCCAUGCUAUGUAUCUCUCCUGAAGCAGACAUACCUUCACCCCCUUUUGCCCAGAUGUGCCUCAGCUCUCUUGCUCACAGGCACUGGUUGAAAGCCCCCAGCCAGCACACCUGGGGCGCACACCCACUGCUCAGCUCCAAGGGCAUGUCUUCGCCUGCUCUCCAGGACCCUGCCCAAUGAAGCAACCUGUGUGCUUGACUUCCUUAUCAAGGCUGUCACUCAGAGACUGAAGAGCCUUCUGUUCUCUGCCUCCAACACGGCCCUUCUCCUUUUGACUCAGUCUGUCCCAUGACUCUGAGAUGGCCUCAGGAGCUGUCUUGAGAAACUAUGCUUCGUUCAGAGUUCACCACGGUAGACACAUUUACACACCUCAGAAGAUGACAGGCCCCUUGCUUGAAGAUUCCACUGUAAGCUUGACCUGGAAGUCUGCCUCCGUGCAAUUCUUGGUUAUGGUGAUCCUAAUCCCCAGACACUAUGAUCCAGGAAGGGAAGGCAACUCCAUUCUUUGUUCCAUAUUUAUUUCCCCAAAUUCCCUGGGGUUCUUUUGCAAUAUGGGUACAAUAAAUAAGCUAGACCAUAAGACACGCUCUCUGUGUUCCUUGCAAGAAGCAUUUGAGUGUUGUAAGAAUUUCUUCUAGAAAGCUAGGAAGACAAUGGAAGUCUGUAGUUCUGCAGAAACUGAAACAACUUGAGUCAAUGGUGGGAGUUAUUUUAUCCCCGAGAUGUAAGCUUGGUGGCUCCUUGUUCUGGGAAGGUCUGCACUCAACUGUGUCUCCUGGCAUGAUCAUAGAAACUGCAGAUAAGAUGUUCUGGAAAUCCUGGGAUCUUAUCUAUAAUUGGAUCUGUCAGAGUCACUCAAAGACAAUUUGGCAGCAUGGAGGACAGCAGGCAAAAGUGUACUGGUUUCUCCUGCUGAGAGCUGUGAGAUACCUCCAGCUCCAUCAGCAAAGCUGUAUGUGUUUCCACGGUUUGGCUGCUAGUUCCCAGAGACGCCAGGGGGCAUGAGGACUUCUGCACAUGAGAUGUUGUUACACUUUUUUGCUUUAAUGUGAACAUUCAACUGACAGCCUUGUUGUCAUUGUGUGCCUAACUGUGCCUUGCUCAGAAAUUUCUGCAUGUUUGUAAGAAAUAUUUUUGUAUACAUUGGUAGAGGGGAAAUGCACUUUAAAGAUCACAAGAAUGGAUGUUUGCGUGUGUGUGGUGGAAGAGAAUGGUUUCUUUGUAUCUCAAAAGCAAAAAUGUAAUAAAUACAGAAAGAAAAGAAAACCCAAAAAACGAUCCCUUCU